AUGCUUAAUUCCCUCCAUUUUUCCAGCAGCCAAGUGGCCAUGCUGAUCUGUUUCAGGGUUAGGAUGGUGACAAAAUUCAAUUUUAAGCCCACUGUGAACAAUAUCAAGCAAAAAUGUGUCCCCGGUUGCCUAGAAGAGCAAGAGAGUCAGUAGCCAUUAUGAUUAUGUUGUCAAUCUCAGACCCUGAGGCAUUCUGGCCUUUCAACACUUUUUUCUUUGUCAUGGAAGUACAGUGGAAUAUUCAAUUCAAGAUAUUUUGGCUCACAUACACACUGUCAUCAGUUACAGUAGCAGCACUUAAUAAAGGACAAACUAUUGCAAAUGAAACAAAGUCAUCACCAAGUCACGCGACAUCACUGAAAGGCUCAUCGAUACGGUUAACGUGGGGAUAUGAGUAUGGAGGUGAUAUACCCGGAUUUAUAACAUACAAAGAACAAAUAAUUGGAUUUAACAGUUCCUCACAAGCAGCACUGCAACCUAUAGCAAAGAGGACAGGAGCAAAUGGUGUGCUUCAGCUUGUGCCAACUGUUCCAGCACCAUUCUCUGGAAGGCUCCAAAUAAUACCAUCCAACGAUACAUUGGUGAUCAGUGGAUUGAAGUACAAUGACACUGCUUACCAAUUUGCAUCAUAUAUUAUUACAGAAAUUAUCACAGGUAGUUCAGGCCAAUUUAGAAGUGACCUCAAACCAAUUGUCCGAAUUACAGUCAAUGGAGUACCAGAAUUCAUUACAUCAUCUCUAGCGACAGUUGAAGUGAAUGAAAAUUCAAAUUUAGAGAUAGGCAUUGAAAUGGAUGGAAAUCCUGCACCAUCAGCUGAUUUUCUUUGGCCUCAUCUUGGUGAUGGUGGGACAACUGUUGCUGGUAGCCAAAUUUACCCAUAUGUUUAUUCAGCAAAGUUUACACAUCCAAAUAUAGCUGCUACUUUUUGUGGAAGGAUAUUGAAAUCUUCAGUGAAGAACAGUAUUGGGUCAUCACUUGCCAAAGACACCUACGUCACUGUUUUAUUGAAACUCAAUGGCAAUCCGAAUUUGCAAGCAGGAAAGAUAAUCGUAGACAGUUGUGUUGAAGUAAAAUGGACGAAGGCCGAAUCUGGGGCUUGUCACGUGAAAUAUGAAGUGAAAUUGAAAAAUGCCUUAGGGGCUGUUGUCUAUACUGAAACUGGAUAUAACAUCGAUGAAAUAAAGAAAUGCGAGAUUCCAGGAAACGUGAAUAUCACUGGUGUUGAAAUGACGAUGAGUUUCAAAAGUGCUUCAAAGGUCUUCACUGCCAAAGUCUCAGAAACACGAAUCCCAACAACACUAGUACCAAGUUCAAAUGACCCAACAACAAGAACAAGCACGCCGCACAAAUCAACAGCAAAGGAGAAGACAAGUGUUCAACCAAUAGCAUCUAAAGAAAAACAAGUGAAUAGCGAUGAAGAGAAAGACAACAUAAUCAUGGCGCUUUCAGUAGUGGUUGCAGUCUCAUUCAUUGCCAUGGCAACAAUGGUGAUCUGUCUCAUCAGAAUAAAGGCAAAACUAAAACAAGCUCAAGACAAUGGAAAUAAAAGGAAUGUACAGCCAAAAGAGACACAUUACAUGGACCUGCAGGGACAAAAUGCAACCACAGACCCAACUUACGCAGGCUUGCAAUCACCAUACGAAGAGAUUCACGAUGCUGCUCGGAAUUAUGAAAAUACGAAGCAUCUUUCGAGCGUUUUAUGAGCUCAAACAGGACAUAUUUCUUAUUAUUUUGGGUUUUUAGAAGAUUAUAAUCUUGUGUAAUCUUGUCAAUAUGAAAUUACUAGGUUGAUAUUUUUCAUAUCUUCUAGACCUUUCUAAAGUAAAAAAUUUCUGUUCUUUUAUGUAGAAAUCGGAUACCCUUUCUAAUAAUUAUAAACUUGAUUAUUAUAGAUCGAAAGAGGCAAAUGGAAAGAAGUUUCUCGAAUGGCAUUUUGUUGCUCCUCUUUUACCAAGAUCGAAAAUAGUACUUACCUUGAACAAUGCUAAAAGUUGUUCUACGCCAAAGCAGUCAACAAGAAUAACUUCUUUACAAUGUUAUAUUUCAUCUUUCUUUCAACGAAACCAAACAUGAAGUCACUAGUCUGUUUUUGACAUAUUCGUGAUGUUUUUACAUGACAAUACCAAUCAGUCAAUGCGUGAAAUGAGUUCUCUAGCACGUGUGUACGCUUACAUUUAUUCUAUAACCCAUCUACAGGCUACAGGGGCUAGGAUC